AUGGCGGCACUCCCGCCAUCGAAUUUCGGCCCCGACGCCUUUCGAUACCCCACAGAAUCCGGCUCCUCUCAAAUGGGGUUCGCAUCCGCUGAUAAUGGUGCGCUCGCCGAGGGCAGCGCCGGCGAAAGCAACUUCGUGCCCCGCCCCAAGCGCAUCGCGUGCGUCGUCUGUCGCAGGAGGAAACUAAGGUGCGAUGGGAGGCGGCCGAGCUGCGGCACAUGCUCGAGACUGGGACACGAAUGCGCAUAUGACGAGGUGCGCAAGAAGAGUGGACCAAAGCGGGGAUAUGUCAAGCAGCUUGAAGCACGAUUAGCUCAGGUGGAAACGCUGCUUAAAGGCCAGGAUCCAGAACCUACGCAACGAACAUCCCCGCCUCAACUGUUGGAUAAUGCUUUCACGGCGCCCAUUGGCGACGAGUCUAUACUAGCCUUGCCAGACCUGUCGGAGUUGAGUGAUCUGGGAGGCUUUGGGGGUGAGAUGCAUCGUUCAUUCCAUGGUCCAGCUGGCCCUGCUGCAGGACACCCAGGCCCAGCGUUGUUUCCUCCGCCCCAGAACACGUCCUCGAACAGCAACUCCCAGUGGGACUUGAUCAGCCUAGGAUUAGAGGAGCCACUUCCUUCGCAGGAUGUUAUCGAAGAACUGGACGCUUUGUUCUUUGAGAAGAUAUACCCAAUGAUGCCCAUCAUCCAUCGCCCCCGUUACUAUGCAGCCUUGGAUUUGGCACCCAACAUGCGGCCACCCGUAUGUCUGCGAUACAUCAUGUGGUGCCAUGCUGCGUCUGUUAGCGACAAGUACUUCUUUCUACAUGAUCAUUUCUACCACCGCGCACGCAAGUACGCCGAAAGCGAUGAAAUGAAAGGAUUUGGAGAGAACAUCGUCGGACUGGCAUAUUGCCAGACAUGGGUACUCAUCGGCACAUACGAAUUCCGAAUGAUUUAUUUCCCGCGUGCGUGGCUGAGUGUUGGAAAAGCUGCGAGAUUGGCAUUGAUGCUGGGAUUGAAUCGACUGGAUGGCGCUGGCCUCGAUGUCAAGCAAUCAAUCCUUCCACCCCGAGAUUGGACUGAGCGCGAGGAAAGGCGAAGAGUGUUCUGGGGGACAUUUGCCACGGAUAGGUACGCCAGUGUGGGAACGGGUUGGCCUAUCCUCAUCGACGAGAAUGACAUUAUGACGAAUCUACCUGCUUCGGAGGAGUCUUUCUUGAAAAGCAAACCACAACGAACACUUCGUCUGACCGAUGUCAUCAACGGCGAAGGUGUCUCGACACUGGCUCCGUUUGCGUGCGUCAUAGUCUUGACAAGUCUGUUUGGUCGUAACCUGGUGCACAUUCAUCGACCUCAGCCUCAUGACAACGACCACGAUCUCAAUGGAGAAUUCUGGAAGCGACACAGAAGCCAUGAUAACAUCCUCCUGCAUAUUGCCCUAUCUCUUCCAGAUCACCUCCGACUUCCCAGUGGCAUGACAGAUGUAAACGUGAUUUUCGCCAACAUGAGUAUUCAUACUUCGACUAUCUGUCUCCACCAGGCCGCAAUUUUCAAGGCUGAAAAGAACAAAAUGCCCAACCAGAUCACGAUUGAGAGCAAGCGCAGAUGUCUUGUGGCUGCAAAUCAGAUCUCAAGUAUAAUGAAGAUGAUCAGCCACGUCGAUUUGACGAGCUUGAACCCAUUCAUGUCAUUCUGCUUGUACAUCGCUGCUCGUGUCUUCGUGCAGUAUCUCAAGUCUAGACCUGAGGAUUCUAGUGUCCAAUCCUCAUUACAAUUCCUCGUCUCCGCUCUGAAUGCCAUGAAGAACAAAAAUCCUUUGACCGAGUCAUUCCUCGUGCAGUUGGAUGUUGACCUUGAUGGAACUGGCAUCCGCGCUUUGGACGACAGACAAGUCUCCAAAUAUGCGGCACAUUCCAUGCUGAAGAGCUAUUGUAAUGAAGCCCCCGAUUGUCCUCCCGUCACCAACAUUCGUGGAACUGCCCCAACGAAGGAGCAAUCCCAGCGCGAUGCCAACCGUCCUACCUACCAGCAAUCUACUCCGGGCUUAGCAACAUCACUCCCAAGUCGAUACAAAGAAUCGGCAACCCAGCCAGCCGGAGGUCCAGCAUUCAGCGGCGAUGAUAACCGACAUCCCUUUGAUCGAAGUCCGAUUAAUCAAAUGGAACAGGCUGACCCAGGGACCAUCGUCGACAUGGAUAUGGAUUUCUCACCUGACUUUGGAAACCUCAGUGACAGGAACAAUCCACCUUCAGAUCACCCGACACCUUCGACCCUGAACUCAUCUUCGAACACAUCAUAUUCACUCACCGGUGCUGAGGAUGCACCUCCCGGAACGAAAAAGCAAAAGUCCACAAACCACCCCAACCAAGGCUCUGGAUUACCAUUCGAUAAACUGAACUCAAUUCACAUGCCAUCCGAAAUCCCCAACCCCCAAGCGGCUGGAAUGAACUCCAUGAACGCUCGGUUCUACCCAAGCAGCUCUGGUAGCCCGGUUAUGCCCACUGAUCCAUCAACCGCGUUCUCUGCACCGCCCACAUGGGGUCUUCCAGACCAAAUGCCCCAGAUGGGCAAUUUGGAUCUAGGCAACCUUAGCAUGGAGAACUUCUCCGAGUCUCAAUGGGCCCAGAUUCUGGGCACUCAGGUCUUGGGAGAAAGCCCAUCCGGUGGAGCCAACCCUGGCUGGGAGGACUGGCGACCGUCAUGA